AUGGUCCGUAUCGAGCGAUUUAAGUCUACCUGGGGCGUUGAGCCAGGUGAGAAUUUCGAAGCCUGGAAGCCGCUGUUUGUGGAAUGGAAGAAACUCGGUUACGACGGCGUGGAGAUGGUUCCUUAUGACUUGAACGAGGAUCAACGGCGGGAGGUGCGGGAACUUUGUGAUGGCCUGGGUUUGAAGAUCAGCAUCACAAUCUUCUCUGCGUGGCAUCGAUACCGUGGGCCGCGACCGCGCAACCUCACGCCUGAUGUUCAUCUCGAGGGAUAUCGGGAGGAGCUUCGGCGAGCGCAAGUACUCGACCCGGUCAAGAUCAACGCGCAGUCGGGAGCGGAUUUUUGGUCAUCGGAACAGGCUACUUACUUCUUCAAGGGGACUAUUCCGAUCGAUAAGGAAUUGGGCUUCGAAGGAAGAGUCUGCCACGAAACGCAUCGAAACCGGGGGCUGUUCAACCCAUACGUGACAGACUAUGUGCUUCAGAGGGUGCCAGAACUUCGCAUUACGGGCGACUUCUCACACUGGAUUGUUGGUUGCGAGAGGCUCCUCGACGUCGCCGAAGAAGACCAGGAGCUAUUGGACAGAGUCAUCCCUCAUGUGUAUCACAUCCAUACGCGCAUUGGUACGACACAGUCCACCCAGUGCCCAGAGCCACUGAACCCGGUCUUCGCACCUGAACGUGCUUUCUUCGAGAAGCUCUGGGUCCGAAUCAUCAAGUCGAGGGCGCAGAGAGACCCCGACAGUGUCGUAACCUUCGUUCCAGAAUAUGGACUCUUCCCCUAUCAUCCCUUCGGGUCGGUACGGACCAGUGCAGAUGUCGCCGACAGCGAGGGUCCGCGCCUGCAAAAGUUAUUUGAGGAUAGCCUUGGCGACUGA